AUGCGUCUCCUCCCUUUCUACACCCUGCGUGCCGUGCCGUGCCGCCUCGUCUCGGAGCAUGCCUACGCUGACGCCGCGCCGGCGCCUUUGGCGGCGGCGCAUCAUGGGGAAGAAGACACCGGCGAUUCCGAGUCCGUGUCGUCGCUCACCACCGCCGCCGACGGCUCCUCGCUGGCGAACGACGAAGACGACGACGACGCGGAGUCUUGCAGCGGCGGCGGCGGCGGCGGCGACGGCGUAGGAAAUGGUGGCGAGUACGGGAGGAAGAACAGCAACGAUGGCCAAGACGUCGGCGGCGGCGAGGAGGACGUGGAGAGCGCCGUCGACGACGAGGAGGAGACCGUCAUGGUGCCGGUGCCAUGGUGGUCCUGGGCGGCGGGGAAAGCGGCGGAGGCCACGGACGCCGAAGACGCUCGUCGUGCGCCGGCGCUGGCGGCGGCGGCGGCGGUUGACGCCGGCGGCCACACGGCCGAGAGCAACAGGCUCUUCUGGGAGGCUUGCAUUGCCCAUGGCUACUAACUAGCUACUAUUACCUUUGCAUGCUGAUUUGAUCAUCUGAGUUAAUG